CAAGCAAUGGCCGAAGCGGGCAGCACGCAAUCGUCUUCUAUAUGGACCAAUAAUGUUUUAUGCAGGUAUUUCAUCCAUGGAGUGUGUCGAGAAGGCGAUUCCUGUAGGUAUUCACAUGACCGGUCCGCCCAGCCCUCCAUGGUCUGUAGGUUUUACAUCAAGGGGCGAUGUACCUAUGGAGAAAAGUGCAGAUACGAUCAUGUCAAACCAUCCUGUAACUCGAUAACCGACAAAGAAAACCAGCCAGCCAGCAAGACCAGCCCAUCAAAGAUGAUCACAUCGAGCUUCCACAAACCCAUUCCGCUAAGUAACCACUCGGGGGACACGUUCAAGAGUAACAUGGUGUCGCUCAAGAAAGGCGUCAAACCAGUAACGCCGAGUGAAAUUUCAACAACCGUGUGUGGGAAACCAGAUGACGAGUGGGUCAAAGCCAAAGAAUUCAUUCCCGGCCAACCAUACCAGGGAGCAGUGCCCGAAACCUAUGCCAAAGCUGCCCUGGUGGGAACACCUAUCGAGAACACCACCGAUGUAGACGAAUCUCAAUCAGGUGGUGCUAACCCUCUCCUGUGCCCAUUUGCCGCUAACGGUGAAUGUUGGUACGGUGAAAACUGUGAAUACAUCCAUGGAGAUGUCUGUGACCUGUGUGGUCUGGCCAUACUCGACCCAAACGAUCCAGCGCAGAGAGAACAACAUGUUAAAGACUGUAUGAACCAGCACGAAGAAGACAUGGAGCUGUCAUUUGCCGUGGCUCGUAGUGAGAACAAGGCGUGUGGCAUCUGUAUGGAUAUAGUCAUCGACAAACAGCCGCCCAGUGAGCGCAGAUUCGGCAUCUUGCCAAACUGCAACCACUGCUUCUGUCUGUCCUGUAUCAGAAAGUGGAGAUGUGCCAAGCAGUUUGAAAAUAAAAUUAUUCGUGCGUGCCCAGAGUGUCGAGUACUGUCAGACUUCGUAACACCAAGUAAAUACUGGCAUGAAUCAAAGGAAGAUAAAGAAAAACUUAUAGAAGGAUAUAAAUCAGCUUUGAGUCAAAAACCGUGUCGCUACUUCGACGAAGGACGAGGAGAAUGCCCCUUUAAUGAAAAAUGCUUUUACCUCCAUGCCUACCCCGAUGGCCGUGUGGCAUCGCCGCAGCCGAGAACAGUGAGGAAACGGAAGAACGCUGAUGGAGAAUUCGACCUCGUUCGACACAUUCAGCUGUGGGACUUCUUAGAGGAACGGGACGAACGCUCAAACUUGUUGAUUCUUGAAGAGGAAUUUUUGUCCCAUUUACUACUAGAUCUUAUGCUAGAUAGUUCUUCGGAAGACUCUGAUGAUGAUUUUUGGUAGUCGACGUUUAAUGCUAAAUAUAUAUAUAUAUAUAUAAAUAUAUAUAUUCACUGCCUGGUACCAACACAGGAUUUGGCUACUGUCAUAGCAACACAUGUUGCUGUGAUUACUAGAGAAAUUCAGUUUUAAAUCUUUAUUUAGUUUUUUGUUUCUUUUACGUUCAUUGGGGUAUCAGUAAAAAAAAGAAUUGUCUGCAAACUGUGUAAGACAUUUGAAUAAAGUUACUGUGGAGCAAAACCAGGAGCUGUGAUGUUGAAAUGAGGAAAGACCCUUCAAGAAUAGACUAGAGCUUGUCUCUAUGACUUUUCAGACAUCCAUGCAUUUUUUAAAAUAUAAAAAAUGCAUUUUGUACUAUUAGAAUUAUAAUGGAAAUUUUAUUAUUUUCUAUUAAUGUCUUGCUGGUUUGGGUCAUUUACCAUCAUCAGGGCUGCAGAAAGUACUCGCCAAAUGCGAGUAAAAAGUCUGACGGACGAGUUAUAAAAUGCAACUACCAGUCCGACUGUCUAUCUGUCUUUUUAAUUUGGUUUGCCACGUGAUGUUGAUCACUUA